GUAUAAAUAGUAAAGUUCCUAAUGUAGUCGCUCAACGUACAUCACAAGUUCGGGUAUUGGAUCCAGAGGUAGUACCAAGCGUUGACGAGGCAGUGCAAAUGUAUCUUCAUGCAGGGGGAACAAUAACACCUGAAAGCACAUUCGGAGUUGAUCCACUGGCAAAUUACGACAACCUUAUUCGAAGACGAGAGCAACUUUUCUCACAAAACAUUGGAUCAUCUAUUAAUAUUUUCAACAACGUUAUUAGUGGAGACGGAACGCUUAUGGAAACAGCUAUAUUAUUUUUUCUUAACACAACAGUAAAUAUAUCGCCCUUAGGCUUAGCCGUCUAA